UCGUCUGACUAUUACUAUAUUAGUUAUUUGACACUUUGUUGCUGUUUUGUAAUUUUAUAAAAGAAAGUCACUGGAAUAUCUCCAUUGUUUACAAGUUGAGUUGAGAAAGGAAUGACAUAAAACCGUGGUAUGACAUACUUGGUGUUGAGGUGUUAACAACAUAAAAUGGAUUAUCUGGAGAUAAUCCUCCUAGCUUUAUGUGUUCAGGUCAACACUCAAUCGAGAGAUAUUUCCUUAAAAGUCAGUUCUGAUGAUGUCCGAGGCCCAUUUCAACAUUUUUGGAGAAGUACUGGAUUCUGUCCACCAGAUCCACAUCAAGAAGCUCAUGUUUUUGAUUUAAGUGAUGACAUGUUACAGAAUUUAGCGUAUAUCGGAGCUGUUCCACAUCGUGGUAUAGAACAAGUGAGAAUUCAUUGGUUGUUAGAUCUCGUCACCGUAUCGGGAUAUUCCUCGGGUUCACCAGUUUAUAAUUUUACCUACCUGGAUGAGCUUCUUCAGCAGCUGUAUAUAAAUGGAUUAAAACCAGGAUUUGAAGUCAUGGGAAAUCCUUCGAAUAUUUUUACUGACUUUGAAAAUAAAUCUCAAGUUUAUAUGUGGAGAGAUUUCAUUAAAUUGGUAGCAACCAGAUAUAUUAAGAUGUUUGGUUUGGAUUAUGUGAAAACAUGGAAUUUUGAGAAUUGGAAUGAACCUAAUAAUCAGGAUUUUGAUAUGAAUAUAACACUUCAAGGUUUUGCCAACUAUUACGAUGCAACCAGUGAAGGGUUAAUGGCUGCAAACUCUGACCUUAUAUUUGGUGGACCAGGAGACGGAUGCAAAGAUAUACUGUUAAAAUCUGGUCAACAUGGGAAAUACGACGAGUUUAUACUCAACCAUGUGGUCAAUGGUAAAAAUUAUUUUACAGGAGAAACUGGAGUUAGAAUGGAUUUUAUUUCACUACAUAAAAAGGGUAAUGGUAAAUCAAUGAAUAUUUUAUUGGAGGAAGUAGCGACAAUGAAAGUAAUUAGUGAUAAAUAUCCUACGUUAGCCAAAAAACCUUUCUAUAAUGAUGAAUCUGAUCCUAUGGUGGGAUGGAGUAAAGAUUUACCAUGGAGAGCUGAUGCCAUAUAUGGUGCUAUGGCUGUCAAGAUUAUUGCACAACAUCAGAAUAUUUUCAUUGCAAAUCCUGCCAAUCCUAUAAAUUAUCAGUUACUUAGUUACGAUAAUGGAUUCCUUAGUUACUACCCACAUCAGUUUACACAGCGCACCCUACUGGCCAGAUUUCAGAUGAAUAAUACCAAAGUACCAUACACAACAUUUAUACAGAAACCUAUAUAUGGUACUCUGUGUAUGUUGUCCUUAUUAGGAGAUCAACAGGUUUUUGUUGGUACUGGUGGUGAUAAAGCAAUCAGAAAUGAUACAGAAACUGGAGCGUUAGCUACUAUACAUAUACCUGGUGAUAAUACAACAUCAGACAGUUGGCAGAUGUCGUUAUUAAUAUACGAUAGUGAUGAUUCGAAUCAUGGUACUAGUUACGGAGAGUUAGAUUUAGAUUGGUAUAUUAAUCCACCAGAUCCUACACAAGAGUUGAUGUUAGUGGGGUAUAUUGUAAGUGGUUUAUCCAAUGAUCCGUAUGGAGUAUGGACAGGCUUAUAUAAUAAAACAGAUUAUCCGACACCAAAACAGUUUCAAUUUCUCAGAAUACAAGAGGGUGUGGGACGAGUUGCUUACCAACCAGUAAAACCAGGACCUGGGAAGGUUAUACUUCCACCAAGAUGGCAGAUAUUACAACCAGAAGCAACGCUUCUUCAUCUGUGUGCUAAACCUGUAGCAGUACCAGAACAGGUAACUGGCUUGAGGUUUAUGACUAUAACAAUAGGACAAGUUCUAGUUAUAUGGUCAGAUGAGAAUAUCAAAUCAAAAUGUAUUUACACCUAUGAAGUUGGCUACUCACCUAACAACAGUACUGGACCAUUCCAACGUGUGAAUAAUGUGGAUACCAUAGCAACCAUAUCUGUUAUAUCACCUCUUCCACAAAACGGUACAAGUGGUGAUGAUUUGGUGAGAGGGUAUUAUGCUGUUCGAGCCAUAGAUUACUGGAAGAGACCAGGACCCUAUUCUCAACCUAAACUUUACUCACCUUAAACUUAUACUAUGGAAGAGCUAAAUCUGCCUAUUGCAGCUCAUUUUUUUAGGCCUGAAAUGUUAUCUAAUUUAUUUAUUGGACAUUCAUUAACUUAUCCAGACCAUAAUCAACUCUUGAUGCCAUCGCUAGCCUGCGAUAUUUACUGGAUUUGAAUACAUAUUGUGAUGAAUGAUGUAACGUCAAAAUGGAUAAUAGAGACUUUAUUUUUUAUCGUAACGAAUUUAGUAAUGAUGAUCAAGGCUAGCCUAAAAUUCAAUCGCAUCUUGGUUCAGAGUGGAUCAAUUUGUCUGAAAUUUUCAGCAUAUUCUAUUUACGUUAUCUAUGUUUUAACUAUUGUAGCGAGAACUGUCAACUCUUU